AUGAGCACCCCUUUCGAGCAUGAACGCUUGAUAGCUGAGUUGGCGGUGCAGCGCGCAUCGCUCCUCACGAAACGAGUCCUCGCCGAUAUCGACAAAGGCGCCCUGGAUAAGAGCGAUCGCACUCCCGUCACCGUCGCAGACUUUGGAGCUCAAGCUCUCAUGAUUGGUGCCAUUCAUCACAACUUUCCAGAGGACUCCUUCAUUGGCGAGGAGACAGCCACAGCACUUCGCGAGAAUGGACAACUACGAGACCGCGUCUGGAACCUCGUCUCCACCACACACUUGCAAGAGAAGGAGCUCGAUCAGCGAUUGGGAAACAUUGGCUCGGCAGAAGAGAUGAUGGACACGAUUGAUCUCGGCAAUCACCCUGGAGGCCGCAAGGGACGUAUCUGGAUCCUGGACCCCAUCGACGGCACAGCAACAUUCAUGCGCAAUCAGCAAUACGCUGUCUGCUUGGCACUGAUUGUCGACGGCGAACAAAAGGUAGGCGUCAUUGGAUGCCCCAACUUGGACCUUAGCACCGGCAAGAUUUCAGAAGAGAACGCGGACAACAUGGGAAAUGGUCAAAUGCUUUCCGCUGUCAAGGGUCAAGGUGCCGCCAUCAGACCAUUGGGUAAUGCCGGUCUACAACCGUCUAAGCCAAUCCAAAGACGCGAAGAUAUCUCCGCCGAUCCUACAGCGCUGGACUUUGUCGAGUCUGGCGGAAGCAAGUCUGUCGAUCUGGAUUUCCAUCAAAAGGUAGCCGAGAAGCUGGGCGCUCCAUGGCCCGGUACCAACAUGUGGUCCUCGCAAAUGCGAUACAUCGCCAUGGCUGUCGGUGGUGGCGACAUCAUGCUCCGCUUCUACAGCAAGAAAGGUCACAAGUCGUACGUCUGGGAUCAUGCAGGUGGCUUCCUGAUCUUCGAGGAGUCAGGCGGCAAGGUAACUGAUCUAGACGGCAAGCCUAUCGAUUUUGGCGCAGGAAGGAGAUUCGAGAACAAUAGUGAGAUGGUCGCUGCUCCCGAGAACGCACAACCUCGUAUUCUUCAACUUGUCAAUGAAAUGAUUGGCGCCUGA